AUGGUUAAACAGAGUAUUAUCGCUCUUGCUGAGCAUGCGGUCUCCAGAGCUUCAAGAGUCAUUCCUCCAGUGAAGCUAGCCUACAAAAAUAUGCUUAAGGACCCUUCUUCCAAGUACAAGCCAUUCAACGCUCCAAAGUUAACCAAUAGGAAGUGGCCGGAUAACAGGAUCACGAAGGCCCCUCGUUGGUUAUCAACAGAUUUGAGAGAUGGUAACCAAUCUCUGCCGGAUCCCAUGUCAGUGGAACAAAAGAAAGAAUAUUUUCACAAGUUGGUCAACAUUGGGUUCAAAGAAAUCGAGGUUUCCUUCCCUUCUGCAUCUCAGACAGAUUUCGACUUCACCAGAUAUGCUGUAGAGAACGCUCCAGAUGACGUCAGUAUUCAAUGUCUUGUCCAAUCUAGAGAGCACUUGAUCAAGAGAACCGUGGAAGCAUUAACUGGCGCUAAAAAGGCUACUAUACAUACUUACUUGGCAACAAGUGAUAUGUUCCGUGAAAUCGUCUUUAAUAUGUCUAGAGAAGAAGCUAUUUCUAAAGCUGUAGAGGCCACCAAACUAGUUAGAAAACUAACCAAGGAUGAUCCUUCACAACAGGCUACUCGUUGGUCCUAUGAAUUUUCCCCCGAAUGUUUCAGUGACACACCAGGUGAAUUUGCUGUAGAAAUUUGCGAAGCUGUUAAGAAAGCUUGGGAACCUACCGAAGAAAAUCCAAUCAUUUUCAACCUACCCGCUACUGUAGAAGUUGCCUCUCCGAAUGUCUAUGCUGAUCAAAUUGAAUACUUUGCUACCCAUAUCACAGAGCGUGAGAAGGUCUGUAUCUCUACACAUUGUCAUAAUGACCGUGGUUGCGGUGUCGCCGCCACAGAAUUAGGUAUGCUUGCCGGCGCCGACCGUGUAGAAGGCUGUCUCUUUGGUAAUGGUGAACGUACUGGUAAUGUUGAUUUGGUUACUGUUGCCAUGAAUAUGUACACCCAAGGUGUUCCUCCUAAUUUGGAUUUCUCCGACUUAACCUCCGUCCUAGAUGUAGUUGAGCGUUGUAAUAAGAUUCCAGUAUCUCAAAGAGCCCCAUACGGUGGUGACCUGGUCGUUUGUGCCUUCUCCGGUUCUCACCAAGACGCCAUUAAGAAGGGUUUCAACUUGCAAAACAAGAAGCGUGCUCAAGGUGUAACUCAAUGGAGAAUCCCAUACUUGCCAUUGGAUCCAAAGGAUAUCGGCCGUGAUUACGAAGCUGUCAUCAGAGUUAACUCUCAGUCCGGUAAAGGUGGUGCCGCUUGGGUCAUUUUGAGAUCAUUAGGUUUGGACUUGCCAAGAAACAUGCAAAUCGAGUUUUCUAGCGCCGUUCAAGACCAUGCGGACUCCCUGGGUAGAGAAUUGAAAUCAGACGAAAUCUCCAAGUUGUUCAAAGAGGCUUACAACUACAAUGACGAACAGUAUCAAACUAUUAGUUUAGUCAAUUAUAAUGUCGAAAAAUUCGGCACUGAACGUAGAGUGUUCACUGGUCAAGUCAAAGUGGGCGACGAAAUCGUCGAUAUCGAGGGUACCGGUAAUGGUCCAAUCUCUUCUUUGGUUGAUGCACUAUCAAACUUGUUGAACGUGAGGUUUGCCGUAGCAAACUACACGGAGCAUUCUCUAGGUUCAGGUUCCUCUACUCAAGCUGCUUCUUACAUCCAUCUAUCGUACAGACGUAAUGCAGACAAUGAGAAGGCCUACAAGUGGGGUGUAGGUGUUUCCGAAGAUGUCGGUGACUCUUCAGUGAGAGCCAUCUUCGCCACCAUCAACAACGUUAUCCAUUCCGGUGAUGUAUCCAUUCCAUCCUUGGCCAAGGCCGAAGGCAAGAGUUCUGCGGCAUCUGGCUCUGCAUAA